UUUCCUUUUCUCCCUCAAUGCUCCCAUAAAUAAAUUCUGCCAUCAAACAGUACUGAAGCCACCGGAGACACAACGGUAAAGUCGCCAAGAAAAACCGUCACCAAUGGCUUCUUUCUCAAACUCGGUCCUCUCUCUUAAGGUGGCACUUCUCUCGACUGGUGUUUUGUCCUUGGCUGUGGCUUUGAAGUUCUCUGUUCCUCUGGUCUCGGAUUUCAUCGGCGCCGAUGUUCCUAAUAUUUGGAGCUUCUUCCUCACAUGGUUAAGACCUCCUUACCUCUACAUUCUUGUCAACUUCAUCAUCAUUAGCAUCGCCGCCUCUUCCAAGUUCCAGAACCACAAGCUCGAUGAUCAAGCUCACUCGCAAGAUCAUCCGGUCGUUCUUCCCUCCGAUCCGAUCAAGAUGUCCGAGGAGAUAAGUUCGGAGUAUGCCAUCUACAACCGGCAGGACGUAGACGUUCUUGAGCCGGAAAUGAUCACCGGCGAUAUACGGACCAACUACGCUGCCUACAACUGCGUCGUUUCGGAUGAUUACGGUGACGAUUCGAAAGUACGGGAUAUGACGCUGGAGGUUCAGCAAGGGAGGAUUUCGAAUGCGGAGAAGACGAAGAUGAGUCUGAGAGAUGAAGAAAUCACGAACGAGGAGUCCUUCCAAGCACCGAUUUCUGUAAUGACAAGCUUGCAGUGUACGGACUUGUUGGCUUUGUCGAUUCUCAGUGACGAGGAGAAAUCGCCCGUUUCCGCUCGGUUCGGCCACCGGAAGGCUGCCAAGGCUAGUCCCCAAGGUGGAAAAGCGGUGUUGGGAGUAGCGAAGCCGUUAACCAGGCACCUGAAGAAGUCCGACACGUGGGACUCCCAGCUCCACCAUAACGCGACGCCGUUAAGGGACCAAAACGGAUGUACCCCUCCGAAUUCGAAACUGACGAAGAAGUCGGAGACGUUCAGCGAGCGAAGCAGAGCCUGCAAGGAGAAUAUUAAGUCGUCGGCGAGUCCAUCGCCAGGAUCCGGGAAGAUGAGGAAGGAACCAUUCCUGAGUCAGGACGAGUUGAACCGGCGAGUCGAGGCUUUCAUCAGGAAGUUUAACCAGGAGAUGAGGUUACAGAGGCAGGAGUCGUUGAGGCAGUACCGCGAGAUGAUCAAUAGUGGGUCCCAUUGAGACGUUGUCGUUUUGGCUUUUUUCUUUUCUAUGCCUCCUUGAUUUUGCUAUUCUCCCGAACUAGCACCAACCCAUGCUACUAUUUGGAGGUAAUGAGUACGGAGGAUUGUAAUUUAGUGUUUGUUUCUCUCACAUCGAGUUUCAAAUUUCAAUAUUCAAGUUGAUAGACAAGGUCAUCGUUUUGGGAUAUUGGUUUUCUCGAGUAAGGAAAUUGAAAUUACAAUUUACAAAACAUUAUCUUUUGGUUCA